CAUUCAAAAAUCUUUUUAUUGCUUCUACUUCAUCAGAAAAUUUACAGUCCCAUAUCUCAGGUUAGUUACUAAUGUCAAAUAGAAGGGAAUGGAUGGGAAAACGUUUGAUGGAAAAUGGUUGGAUAAAUCCCGAAUUUUUAAAUGGUGUUCAAGAUUUUAUGAAAGCUGCAUUUGCCAAUAAUGAAGAUAUGGUAAAAUGUCCCUGGAGUUUGUUCCCUUGUUGUAAACUCGAAGGAAGUUUCUUGUUCCUUCGUGAGAAGUCUUGGAGUGCGGUAUCUCCGAGCAAAGGUGUUGAGGCUCGUGUGACUCGGGUUCUCAAGUUGUAUCGUUUCUUUUCCAACCAGACUGUGAUUCAAGAGGUUCGACGCAUAAAUAAAAAGCUAUUCAACCCUGAAGCAGUUAAGUUCUUAGGCAUAACAAAUGCUCGAGAUACGUAUUGGGAACAACUUCAGAACUGGAAGAAUUUAUGUACAAUUUGGAACUCAGAGGAGUGGCAAAAGAAAUCAAAAGCUGGUUCCGCAAAUCAAAAAGGUAAACUACUUGAAGGUGAGGUCACAACAAGAAGUACAUUGGGCACAAAGACAAAGUCACAGAUAUUAAAAGAAUUGUCUAUUCAACUAGGUCGUCCUUGUCGUUUAGAUGAGCUGUUACAACAUAUGUGCACUAAUCCAAAAACUGGACAACCAUAUCCAACUCGACAUACUCGAAUUUUGGAAAAGUAUUGUGAAGUUAUGGUUACAAAGUUUGACGACUAUGACAUCACAGAUGAUGAUGAGUUGGAUCACAGAUGUAGAAGAAGAUGAAGAGUAAACGCUCUGCAAGCACACAAGUAAUGAUGACAUUGUCAUAAAUAAGAGCUUGGUACAAUG